AUGGCCGUCAACAAGUUUUCUUUCGAUGCAACAAUAUUAGACAUAGCCUUUGUCGGAAAGUCACAAAUGGCCGUUCUAUUCGAUGAACGGAUAAAUAUUGUAAAAACCGAUACUGGCCUUCAUACAGGAUCAUACGAUUGUGAUAGUCUGACGAUGAACGUUCAUGGAUUAGAGAAGGAAUUAUUUGUUGUCUGUAAGAAAGGUGUCGAUUGUCUGGACAUCGAUAACUCCACGAAAACAAAUGUGUUUUCCUUCAAAGAUUCACUUAUUACUGCUUCUGUUCACGACGAGAUCGACAAUCAGAUGUUGGUGGUUACUCAGAGUGAUGAUUGUAUAGAUACAAGACUGUGCACUGUGGAUCAAAGAGUGCCGAGACGAGAAGGAAAUGAAAUGACGGCAGAAGGAACCAUCACGAAAAUCAAUCCCUUCAGCAGCUUCCAAAUUGCCGUAGGAAGCAGUUCUGGAUCAGUUCAAAUGUUAGACAAGAGAAUGAAAAAUCCUGUAUGGACGUUAAGUGGUUUUAAGGAAGCAGCAGUUCAAAACUUGUAUUGCAACCUUGGAGAAAUCAUUGUUCAAGAACAUCACAAAAUUACCCAAAUCAAUGCAUCAACUGGAGUUCCACAGCACCCAUUGACCCUUUCGAAUGAGCAUAAAUGUGUAGGGCUCCUAUUCGGAGACUUUCGGGAGCCCUAUCACUUCCUCUUCAGCUCAGCAAAGAACUGUUAUUUCGGGAUUGUUGGAAGAAACAAAUAUGAAGUUGACAGCACGAAAUACUUCCAUCGCUGGCAUGCACAUCAACGUCACCCUCACAUUUUCACGAAACUCGGACGGCAACUGAUAGCAACCUCCGAUGGAAGUAGUGUGGUACUUCAAUAUGGAAAUAUUUGUGUCGAAAAAAAAGAAUUCAAAGAAACGUCGGAAAAGUUGAGACAUCAAUAUAAAAGUGCAAAAGGACAGGAACAGAAAAAUAAACUUCUGAAAAAAGAAAUUGAAGACAUCAAACGUCACGAACGCGAGUUGGUGAAAAAGGAGUAUGAUGCUCCAAGUAAUUACUCCAUCUUCACGGAUGCAUACGAAGUUAUAAAGAAUAUCGACAAAGGAACUUUUGGGAUUGUGAAGGAGGCCAAAUCGAAGAAAACUGGUCGUUCCUAUGCUGUAAAAAUUCUGAAAAAUUCGAAGGCAAAUGAUGAGAAGUUCUUGGUGGAAAGAGAAUUAAGCCACCACUGGUCUUUUUCUCAUAAAAACGUUGUAUCCUGUGUCGAUGUGAUCUCUGAUGGCACCUGCAAGUACAUAAUCAUGGAGUUGAUGAUGGGCAUAUUGUAUGAUCUGCUGAAAGAAAAAGGAUGCAUUGAUGAAGAAGAAACUGCAAGAGUUAUGAAGGACAUAUCUAAAGGACUGCAGUAUUUGGCAGGAAAAAAGCUGGUGCACAGGGACAUCAAGCCAAAAAACCUGUUGUACCAUGUCAAAAGCGGAAACAAGAAACAAUACAAGCUCGGAGAUAUGGGAUUGGUCACAGACAGAAUUCAAAAACACUCGUUCGCGACCGAUAUCUGGGCAGCAGGCGUGGUCAUGUUCCAAAUGACAACGGGGAAAUUGCCACUUAACCACCAGCAUAAGGAUUGGAAAUAUUGGCAAAAUGAAAAAAGUUGGAAAGUAACAAUGCCAAAAAACAAUCCCCACGAUAUGAUUGAUGUGAUGAAAGGAUUACUGAAGUUUGAUGAGAAAGACCGGUUGACGGCGCAACAAGUUCUUCAUAGCGGAUGGAUAUUAAGAUGGAUAUUGAGAUGGGAUGAAGAAAAGACUCAUCGGCGGGUCUCAGAAAUUCGGAUGAGAGAGGGACGCCUCAAUCAUUAA